UAUUGAUGCUAAAUGCUUCUAACAGUUUUUUUCAGAGUUUUCUGGUAAAUGGUGGGAAUUAUUUUCAUUUCUAUCAUUAUAUCCCCAUAUUCCCCAUCAGCUGUAUUGCCAAUUUGUCAGUGCUGUCAGUGCUGUCAGCGUGUCGGUAUCUGUGUGUUAUUUAUUUUGACAGCUAGAUUUAAACAGCAAAUAAAGUAAAUUUAAUGUUAUGGAAAAUGUUGGAAUUAAAAUUGAAAGGAAAUCAAUUGAAUUUAAAGAUUUUAAAAAAUUUAAUAUUGGACAAAGAGUAUUCAACAAACAAUACUCAAAUAUUUAUAUUGCUCGAUUAAAAGCUUUGAAAAAUGUUUUAGAAAAAAAAUCGAUAGAAAAAUGGGGCGAAUAUGAAAUAUUAAAGAUUUCUCAACUUUCUGACGAUACAAAUUUUAAUGAAGAAGAAGAAACGGAUAAACUAGUCAUACUCAUAGGUAUUAUUUAUAAGCAUCAAGAAUUAAAACCAUCUAUAUUGAAAGAGCUUAGUGAUGAACUUGAAUUAAUACCUCAACCAUCAAGAUCUAAUUAUUCAUCUGAAAAAGAUGAAUUAUUUCUUGAAGAUGAAAUGCUUAGGAUUAAAUUAAUCGGUUCGAAUAUUAACUCAAAAGAAAUGGUAACAGGAUUGAUUUGUAGUGUGCUAGGUUAUCAAUGUAGUGGUGGAGUAUUUUAUGUCAAAAGUUACUGUAUGCCAGGAAUAUGCUGCCCACAAAAUCCCUUAUCUUCUCCUUUACUUUUUUCAACAGAUAAUAAGACGGACAAUUAUAUAUUAUUAUUGUCUGGCUUGGAUUUAUUAAAUAACCCAAAUUCAUUACAUUAUCAACUUUUAAUCGAGUGGAUAAAUGGAAUGGCCGGAAAUGAUAAAGUCCAACAAAAUUCAGCUUCUAUUUCUCAAAUAAUAAUUGCUGGAAAUAGUAUAAAAGGAUCUGUUGAAAUGUAUAAUCAUAAAGGAUACAUUAAAAUGAAGAAUAAAUUCACCGCUGUCACAAUGGAAACAGUACUGGCAUCACAUCGUUUUGAUAAUUUAUUGAAAGAAAUCAUAGCGACAUCAAAUGUUAUUCUCAUGCCUGGACAAUUCGAUCCAUCAAAUCAUUCUAUACCGCAGCAGCCUUUACAUUCUUGCAUUUUACCACAAUCUUAUAGAUAUAAAAGUCUUUAUGGAGCUACAAAUCCUUGGAUUGGAAAAAUAGGUAAUAGAAUAGUAGCUGGUUCUAGUGGACAACCAAUUGAUGAUAUUAUUAAAGUAACGAAUUUGAUGGAUGAUUAUACGCCAUUAGAUUGGCUAGAAAAAACAUUAAAUUGGAGGCAUUUUGCACCAACAGCUCCUGAUACACUUGCCGCUUAUCCAUACUUUGAAACGGAUCCAUUUAUUAUGGAAGAAUGCCCGGAUAUUUAUUUUGUUGGUAAUACUAACGAGUAUGCAACAAAGUGUGUAAUUGGUGAACAAGGACAAAUGGUCAGGUUGAUAUGUAUCCCUAAAUUUUCAAAUACAUAUACUGCUGUUGUCGUUAAUUUAUUGUCCUUGGAUACUUGGACAAUAUCAUUUUAAAAUAUAUACAGACAUAGAUAUAUAUAUUUAGCAUUGCAAUAUUAUUAUUAAAUUAUGUAAAUAUAUUUUUAUUGUAACAUAGAUUUAUUUAUUUUUUAAAUAUUAAUAAUAAAUAUAAUAUAUUUUGU